UGAGAAAGCAGAAGAAACAACCACUUCUCCUAUUGCGAUGUCCAGAGUUUUAAUUAAAGCAACACUUGAUCGUCAGCAAGUCAGAGAGGACUCAACAGAACGACUGUAGCGAUGGCGGAGGGAGAGAAGGAGGUGAACUACGCUUCGGUUGUGUUUAAAGUCAGCAACAAUCCUCCACCUGCAGCAAACAGAGGGGAGGAAACUGUGUACGGAGAGGUGAAGGUGCAAAAUGAAACGAGGAUCAAGAACUCAGCAGGACAUUGGCGCUGUAAUCACUUGGCUUGUUGUCUGGGGAUUCUCUGUGUCCUUUUGCUGGGUGGCAUCAUCGCCGUCUGCGUCUACCUUCCUACAUUAAACCAUAAGAGCGAUUCAGACCAGUUCAAAGAUAACUCCACCCUACUGGCAAACAACGAAAAACUCAGCUUAGAAAAUGCAAACUUGACGAAGGACAUCAAGAAUCUGACGCUCCAGCUGAGCAACCUGAAAGAAGCCAAUACUGUCUCAGAAAGCAAGGUCCAGAACCUGACGACAAGUAACCAGGAGCUGGAGACACAGAAGAAGAACUUGGAGCAGCAAAUACAAGACAUGGAGACAAACUGGAAUAACCUCAACCUCAGUCGAGCUCAGUGGAGCAUCAAUGCCUACUGCAAACAUCCUGUCAAGGAUAAGUGUCAACCUUGUCAGAAGGGCUGGAUACUCACUGAGUCCAGCUGCUAUGCGUAUAAUAACCCUGAUCCUUCUGAUCGAAUAACCUGGGAUGCAGCUCAGUCAGACUGCAGAAGAAAGAGUUCAGAUCUGGCUGUGGCACAUACUGCUGCUGAAAAGGAAGCUAUCAAGGAAAACAGCUUGGGAAUUAAUGGAUACUGGAUUGGUCUGAGAGUUGUAAAAGGGAGAUGGCAGUGGGUGGAUGGAAGUGCUCUGACUGAUAGCUCCUGGAUAGCAGCUCCUGCUGACGGUCAGUGUGCAGUGUCUGUAAGAAACACAGGAUGGUCAUCAGUGAGCUGUGAUACAAAACAGCAAUGGCUCUGCCAGAAGAAGGCUCUAUCUGUUUGAACAGAGCAGUCAUACUUGAGAAGGUUCCUGGAGACUCUUUAAAACAGGUGAAUUACAUGUGGGAUUAUACCAACAGGCCUAUACAUGUCAGAUUAUAUUGAAUCCUACUUCAAAAUAAAACAAAUCCCAAACAUUUACAGAUAUUGUACCUUGUCAAACAAAACAGUAAGAAAUAAAACAGUAAUUUUAUAAACGUUUCAUAAAUGAAUACAAACAAUACGACACAGAAGCUAACUAAUAUAUAAUGUGGAUAUUUUAGAUCCAGAACCCUUUAGUCUCACUUCAUUUCUAUAGGGCUUGCAAAGUGAUGUAUUCCCUUAUCAUUGUGAUGGUGUUGUUAACAGUCUGGAGGUUAAAAUAGUUCUUAUGAUCUGUGUUAUUAGAGAUGCAAUGCUUAACCUCUGCAGAUUAGUGUAAGGACUAUGGAGCAUGUGACUGUAUUGCUUCUAAUGUCCAACAGAGGACGCUGCAUCACGUGCUCUCAAUACAACGCUCCAGAGUCUGCUUCAAUAAUCACUGUGAUGUAUUUACUGUGUUCCUGUACAGCUCACAGAGAACUGCUAUCUAUCUAUAUCCCUAUCUAUGAGCAAGUGCUUUACUCUGUUGUCUCCACUGAAUAAAUGUGCUGUCACACGUU